GGGGGGGGUUUGGGACCCCUGCUUACAGCAGCACUUUGGACCCGAGCCGCAGGAACACAUUAGGAGCCUCAUCGGUUCGUUACGAUGCGGUUGCCUGCGUCAGCACAGUGAGCUCCACAUGAGACGUGUUUUGCGACAUAUAUAAACACCACUUCGUAUUGAAUUUUGGGCGUAAAAGAAAAAAAUAAAAUGCUUGAACUUGCGAUAAUCUCAGGUCAGCGCAUGGAGUGUGCUGCGUUCUCACCGCGGCGCACGCCACACACGAAACGCUCGCACGGUCGCACGUGUUCCAUGUGGGCAUCGAUCGUGUGGGCCGCCUGACUCCCGUACGUCACAGAGCUCUGUCGCGCGGCGCCGCUUGGUCGUGGUUUGCUAUUUCCUCCGGGACCGUCGACUCCGCGUCGAAAUUCCAAUCAUGUUCGACCUCCGUUAUUGUGUCCCACGUCUCUGCCCUGACCUCUGUUUUCUUUACUCGACGCUCUAAUCUAUUCAUAACGUUUCGCCAUGUGUUUAUAUCAAUCGACGAAUAUAGAUCUGUGUGUAAACGUCCGCAGCCGUCCACGACGCGCAGAGGAAUCAGGGUCGGCCGCCGAGACCAAGCUUGGUUCUGGUGGGUAUCUGGAAGGUGGAUCAAAUCACUCCUUAAACCAGAUUAAACUACUCUUCCUUAGGAUUGAUUGAUCUCGCCCGGUGCACUGGAACCAAUUAAUGCCUCCCCAAACAUUUCCUUGACUCACCCUCUGGAUGGACCGACGCAACCCCUCGGUGGGAUUCAGGGGGCUUUCAGUCGGCAAUCGACCCCCGACUCGGUGUAUUUGCGCCUCGGCCCGCACCUCUUUUAUGUCUCACAAUGAUACUGGCGCUACGACCUGCUCGCCGUCUGCACACACAGGCUGCUUGUGGAAUCCUCAUCGGCUUUCUUUGUGUCCUUCCCUCCUCCUCUCUCUCUCUGUCUCUCUCUGUCUCUCUCUGUCUCUGUCUCUCUCUCUCUCUCUCUCUCUCUCUCUCUCUCUCUCUCUCUCUCUCUCUCUCUCUCUCUCUCUCUCUCUCUCUAUUCUCUGUCUUUUAUCCCCCUGUGUAUUCAGCUUCCGCUAAUAACACCCAUGCCUGGCAAUCGCAGUCACUGCGCUUCGCACCCUACCGGCCGGCGGACAUCGCCCUGAAGCCGCUGCUGUUCGAGGUGCCCAGCAUCACCAUGGACUCGGUGUUCACCGGCCGCGACUGGCUCUUCCAGGAGAUCGACGGCCAGCUCAACUCCGGCACCAGCUCUGGCGUGGUCAUCGUGGGCAACAUCGGCUUCGGCAAGACGGCCAUCGUUUCCCGCCUGGUGGCGCUCAGUUGCCACGGCACCCGCAUGCGGCAGAUCGCCUCGGACAGCCCCCAGGCCUCGCCCAAACACGGGGAGGGCCUGCCCCUGAGCCAGCCCCCGCCCUCCCACGGCACCCUGGGGGGGGGCAGCUGUCCCGGGACCCCCGAGAUGAGGCGGCGCCAGGAAGAGGCCAUGAGGAGGCUGGCGUCUCAGGUGGUGGCCUACCACUACUGCCAGGCGGACAACGCCUACACCUGCCUGGUGCCCGAGUUCGUGCACAACGUGGCCGCGCUGCUGUGCCGCUCGCCGCACCUGGUGUCCUACCGGGAGCAGCUGCUGCGCGAGCCCCACCUGCAGAGCAUGCUCAGCCUGCGCUCCUGCGUCCAGGACCCCCUGGCGUCCUUCCGCAGGGGGGUCCUCGAGCCCCUCGAUGCACUUUACAAAGAGAGGAAGAUCAGCUCCGAGGAGGACCUCAUCAUCCUCAUCGACGGCCUCAACGAGGCCGAGUUCCACAAGCCGGACUACGGCGACACCAUCGUCUCCUUCCUCAGCAAAACCAUCACCAAGUUCCCCCCCUGGCUGAAGCUGGUGGUGACGGUCAGGACCACGCUGCAGGACAUCACCAAGCAGCUGCCGUUCCACCGCAUCUCUCUGGACGUGCUGGAGGAGAACGAUGCCAUGGACCAGGACCUGCAGGGCUACAUCCUGCACCGCAUCCACAGCAGCCCCGAGAUCCAGAACAACAUCUCGCUCAACGGCAAGAUGGACAACACCACCUUCGGCAAGCUCAGCGCCCACCUCAAGGCCCUGAGCCAGGGCUCGUACCUGUACCUCAAGCUCACCUUCGACCUCAUCGAGAAGGGAUACCUCGUCCUGAAGAGCUCCAGCUACAAGGUACGGGGCACAGGUUAGGUUUAGGGUUAAGUUAGGUUAAUGCUACAGGUAAAGUUAGGUUAAGGCUCCUACCUGUACCUCAAGCUCACCUUUAAACUUAUCGAAGAGCUGAAGAGCGCCAGCCACAAGGUACCAGGCCCGAGAUCCAAUCAACGAGCAUUAUGAAUGUUAGACAAGGCGAGUCAAGGCAACUUUCUUUAUGUAGCACUUUACGUACACGAGGCAUACUCGAAGUGCUUCACAUAGAAACAUCGUCAUAUAAUACAAUGAAAUAAUAAAAUAGUUAAGUAAAAGAAAUCAAAGGCGAAGUAAAAAUAAAAUGCAUUGUAGAGAGAGCAAUGUGUUUAAGAUUUAUCAGAAAGCUAAAACAAAUCAUUCAGUCUUGUUUUAAAAGUGAAAGUCUUAAAUCCUCAGGGAGCUUAUACCAGCUAUUUGUUGCAUUGUAACUAAAUCCUGCUUUCCCAUGUUAAAUUACAUUUAAAAGAAAAAUAAUUAGUUGCCUGCCACGAGUAUCAAACGCAUCACAAACAAAGAUAUACACAGGGUUGAAAUGAUUAGUUUAAAACAGAAUGGAAUGAAAACGGAUGUAUUCAGAAUGAAAAUGAGUGUCAGGAAGGCACAGUCGACGUUUGGAAGGAUAAAAACUAAAUCAGCUUACGCAGGACAGGGAACUGGGGAACGGGGGAAUCGCCCUCUGCAAAAGGACCGGUGCCUAAUGGCUUCGCUCUGCCAACAGUCGGAUGUUUUGAUAGUUUCCGCCACAGACACAAAGCCAGCAGCCGCCAUGACACGUAGCGCUGCCUUUGUUAGCGACAAGCUAACUGUGUUCAUUGUUCGUUUUACCGUCGUAAUUACGUAGCCAUUAGUAAUGUAUGCAGUUUACACGUCUGCUUCUGUUUGUUCCUGGUUGAAUGUACCUUGACCUGAUGCAGUUAUUUUCGAGCUGCGUUAUUUGUAUUUUAUGUUUGGGUAUUGCUAAUCCACUGCCUGGAUACACCUAAGUGAAACCGGGGAUUUGGUAUACUUGUUGUAUUUACUAAUCUCAUUAUCGCACAAUUAUAUUCUCUCACCCAUAGCUUUUGAUUUAAUGCCCGAUGUAAUUACUGUUGCCUAGAACCUCUCGGACUAAUUUAAGAUUCAACAUA